AUGGUUCUGAUGCUUUGCUGCAGCUUCGAUCCCUUCUACGUGGGACCCUGCCCACCCGGCUGCCUGGCUCCUUUGAUGGGGGGAACUCCCUACUGCGGAUGCGGUCCCUGUGGAGGUUGCUGUAGUCCUUGCUGUGGUCCUUGUGGUGGCUGCAGCUCGUGUCCCUGCGGCUGGUGAAGUGCUCACUGGAAAAAGAAAAGAAUGGUCUCUAACCGCUAUCAUAGGCAAUACUAAGCGCAUGCGGUAAGAAGCUUCUUCCGGGAUCAAGCUUCUGUCAAAGACUGCUGGAGGGAUAUAUUGGUGUUAGAAACCCUUUUCCUUGGCCGGGGCUAAAACACCCAAGCUCUCGUAUACAUUUAGAAUUUUUAUUAUGGCUGUUCAGUAAUAAAAUGAAUUAAAAUACAAAA